CGUCAAAUCAACCCCAGAGAGCAGAGAGCUCACAAUCCUGCCGCCUCUCCCCCCUCCUUACUUCAUUUCUCGGAUCGUCGCCUGGAUCUUUGAUACAUUGCUUCCAGUUUAUCCGCGGUUUUGACCACCAUUCCCGCUCCUCCUCCUCCUCCAUCAGCAGCAGCUCGACGUCAACAUAGCCCAUCCCACCCAUGGCGUCGUCCGGACAGCCGUUCGGGUCGCGCUCCUACACGGCAGGUAAAUUGCCCGAUCGAUCGCUGAACACAAAUGCGAUUCCAUUCAGCGCUUCUUCUUUUUCCCGGCACCGCGCGCUGGGCGGACCCGCGACUGGCGACUUCGGGCCAGACGCCGCCAAAUCAACCCACCAGGCACCAGGGCAACCAGCGCAUUCGCAGACACACGGCCCUGCCCAAGACACGAAUCCUCUGAAUCGGUUAACGGAGGAGCAGCGCGAAGAGAUUAAUGAAGCUUUCACCCUGUUCGAUCUCGACCGUGACCGUCACCUGGAUUACCACGAGCUUCGAGUCGCCUUUCGCGCUCUUGGCUUCACCCUGCCCAAACAAGAACUCAUCUCCCUCUUGACUACGUACGGCGUUCCCCGUCCACAGGUCCAGCAGCCCGCUGCUGCUGCUACUACUACUGCUGCUACCGCCGCCCAGCAGGCAUCACAGCAACAGGCGAAGGCGGCGGCUGCUCCGGCCUCGAACCCCCAACACCCGUCUAACCUGCUCAUGCCGCUUUCCGCCUUCCAAGCCGUGACGGCGCUUAAGAUCCUCGAGCGCGACCCGCGCGACGAGAUUCUUCGGGCGUUCGAGCUGUUCGACGAGGGCGGCAAGGGUUACAUCGAUCUGGAGGAUCUGCGCCGCGUCGCGCGAGAACUCGGCGAAACCGGCCUGGAAGAGGAAGAGCUGCGCGCGAUGAUUGAGGAAUUCGACCUGGAAGGUGUUGGCGGUGUGACUCGGGAGGCGUUUGUGAGCAUCUGCUGGCAGUGAUAUACAGUUUGGGUUCGGCUUCUUUUUUUUUUUUUUUUUUUUU